GGACAUGGCCACCAGCUGUCAGGUUUUAUUUUGCUUAACGUAUUUUGGCCACACCUUUUAAAAUUCAAAACAACGUGAAAAGCAUAUCUGGCAGAAGGAAAGCUUAAUCUUCUCUAGAUUUGCACAGCGUUAUAUCGUGAGACAUUGAUUGUAAUUGUGUACACCUGAUGUUAGAUGGGAGGAAUGGAACUGUAUGAACUGACUCUGGUUGUCAAUAGGCUGCAAGAGAAAGCUAUCAGAGAUGUCUUUGAUCAACAUGGGUGGCAGUUUAUAAUUGCAGGAGUGAAACAUUGUGCAAUCACCAGGUUACCACUGCCAAAUCGCAUUCCAUCUGACAGUAAAGAUGAGCCAGAGCAUUGCUUAACCAAAGGAACUAAUGUGGAGGAAGAGGCUACAGAAGCAAACAUGGGUAAAGAGUACUCACUGGUAUCCAUGGAGGUCAAAAAGUUAUCAGAUGAUGAAUAUGUGGAUGUUGAUGAUGGUGCAGACCUCCCAAAUACUCCAGGCUCUUCAGAUUACAGCCCUACCAUAUCUGAAGAUGAUGACAAUGAUGCAGAUUUCCAUGUUCAAAUGAAGAAAGUUAGAUCUGUUGAAGAGAAGAAAAUAAAGCAAAACAGACAAUGUAGACACACUCGAAAAAUGCAUGGUAGUUCAAAAAUUAAACGCUCAGAGGGCAGACAAUUGCAUAAACAGCAGACUUCAUCAACCACACCUGUAGAAAAGGACAUGCCUAAUUCUGUUAUUAAGGAUAAGGCUGAAGAAACUGGAACUACUCUUUCAGAAGAAUUCCAGUGUCGGAAUUGCAGCGAAAGUUUCCGAACCUUCCGAGAUUUUCGUCUUCAUCUAGCCAAUCAUAAGCUUGCAAACAGCGAGGUCAGGAAGUCAACAAGUACCCUGGGUAAAUUCAUUCCUAGACGAAAAGGUAUGCCUAAGAAAUUUAGAGCUAGUGAACAGCACAGUAGGGUAAACAUAAAAGUGGAAAGUCCAUGUAAGUUUUCAGCUUUGACAGGUGAUGAAGAAGAGAAGAAAUCCUCUUCUACUAUUGACAUGCCUGUGAGUGACAAUGCAGAAAUUGGUACGAGCAAUUCGCAGGAGUUCCCUUGUGGUGUUUGUUCUGAAGUGUUUGCCACCUUCAGGAAAUUGCGUCUCCAUCUACAGGGACAUAAAGAAUCUGCUGAUGUCCCUUUGAGUUCCCCAGCAAAGAGAAAAUCAGACAUGCCAGUGAGGAGAAUCACUGCACAAAGCAGGGUAUGUGAAAUUUGUGGGAAGAGCUUCCCUAAUGCUGCAGCACUCAGGGUUCAUGACCGUGUCCACACUGGGGAGAGACCUUAUCUCUGUAACCAGUGCGGAAAAGCCUUUAAGCAAGUCUCAGCUUUUCAAAGCCAUCUGCGCACCCACACAGGGGAAACCCCAUUCAAAUGCACGACAUGUGAGGCAGCUUUCAGACAAUUAGGUGAGCUACAUCGACACCAGAGACGACACACAGGAGAGAAACCCCAGCUAUGUACGAUCUGCGGUAAGCGAUUCGCGGAGCGAGGUUACCUGAAGUCACACAUGAGGCUGCACACAGGAGAGAAACCGUUCUCCUGUGCACUGUGUGACAAGUCUUUCUCUCAGAGAACAAGUCUGAAAUGCCACAUGAAAAGUCACCACAAAAACAGCUGGGAACACUCACGACGUAUGCCAGUUCCUGGAGAUGGCAGCAGAAACGAAGCCUUCAGCCUCCCCAGAAACAAUACGCUAGAAGACGGGGAGAUCCAACCAGAACUUACUGGCCUCAUUCCCAUGGACUCCCAAAAACAAAGUAAGCAAGACCAUGUUAACAGCCCUGCAAAAAUUGAUCCAAAAAUUGAAGUACCACUGUCAGCCUAUCAGCCACAGUUAAUUCCACCUGACCCUACAGUCUAUAAUCAGCAUGUGAAGAGUUACAACACCAACGCCAAUCUUCCCCUGUCAACGUACCCACCAUUCACCCACCUGGACUCAAAUGUUCACUCAUGGAUGCAUUUUCAUGGAGAUCUGAAUGGGACUGGUGUUUAUUAAGUAGCUGUAAUCAUGCAUGCUGGAAUGGCUUGUAACACAUUAUCCUGAGUUCACUUAAAAUGGUGCAAAAAAUAAAAUAACCUACCAACAUGCAUGUCCACAUGACCCGAGAUGUCAACACGACUGCUUAUGACUACUGAUAUGUCAAUAUGUAUAAUAGUCUGUCAGCACUGAUAUGUCAAUAUGUAUAACAGCCUAUCACUACUGAUAUGUCAAUAUGUAUCACUUCCUAUCACUACUGAUAUGUCAACAUGUAUCACUUCCUAUCACUACUGAUAUAUCAAUAUGUAUAACAGCCUAUGACUACUGAUAUGUUAAUAUGUAUAACUUCCUAUCACCACUGAUAUGUCAAUAUGUAUAACAGCCUAUCACUACUUAUAUGUCAAUAUAUAUCACUUCCUAUCACUACUGAUAUGGCAAAAUGUAUAACAGCCUGUCACUAAUGAUGUGUCAAUAUGUAUAACAGCCUGUCACUUUAUGUAUAAUAGCCUGUCAGCAUUGAUAUGUCAAUAUGUAUAAUAGCCUGUCACUACUGAUGUGCCAAUAUGUAUAACUUCCUGUCACUACUGAUAUGUCAGUAUGUAUCACUUCCUAUCACUGCUGAUAUGUCAAUAUGUAUCACUUCCUAUCACUACCAGUAUGUCAAUAUGUAUAAUAGGCUGUCACCACUGAUAGGUCAAUAUGUAUAACAGCCCAUCACUACUGAUAUGUCAAUAUGUAUAACAGCCCAUCACUACAGACAUGUCGGUAUGUAUAACGGCCUAUCACUACUGAUAUGUCAAUAUGUAUAACUUCCUAUCACCACUUAUACGCCAAUAUGUAUAACUGUUCGUCACUACUGAUAUGUCAGUGUGUAUAACUGCUCAUCAACACUGAUACAUGUACACCUAUGUCAAUAUGUAUAACUGCCAAGUAUCACUGAAACACUUCCUUUGCGGAUGGUCGUUGGUUUCCCCCAGGUUCUGUCCGAUUUCCACCCACCAUAAAACACCAAUGAAAUAAAUAAAUAAAUCACUGAAACAUGUUGUCGCCAUAUGACUGAAACAUUGCUAAGAUGUUGAACUCUAAGCACUCACUCACUCACUCACUGAUACAUGUAUGUGAAUGUGUAUAACUGCGUUUCGCCGCUCUGUCAAUAUGUAUAACAGCCUAUCACUUCUGAUGUGUCAGUAUACAUAUAACUGCAAAUCACCACUGAUGUUCACUUAAACUGAGGUGUGCAUGAGGAUAGCAGACUCCCACGUGUUGGUAAUAGAAGUUACCUGGCAGUAAGAAAGACGAGCAUCCCGCUUCCCCAAAGCCUUUCACUUUGAGAAGAAUAGAAUGUGCGUUUGUCCAGAUUCUGAAUCUGAAUCAUCAUCAGUUAAAAAUAUCUUUUUUCUUCACAAAGUUUACU